UGCAAAGGUUCCCCUCCUGAUGGGGAAACAAAACGUGAUUGGUCAGAGUGAGAACGUGCUACGAUUGGUCCGUGCGAUGUGGUGGUUUUCUGAUUGGCUUGAGUAGACAGUCGGCGAAGUCCAACUAUUUGUGCAUUUAUGUACACUCUUGACCCUAGAUAUGUUUAAAAAUCCACAAACGCACAGGAAGCGAUCCACAAAUGAAUGCAAAGCAGAGUUGUGUUUGUGACAUAUUUGUAAAUCUCAUUUUAUUUUUUGUCAAUUUAAUUUAUUUUUGUGAAACUACUAACAUAUAUUUGUGGAUAUCAUUCAGUGAAUUUGUUGAAUUUUAGUAAAUCUCACUACAUUUAUUUGUGGAUCGUAACCUAUUUAUUUUGGAAUUAUGAAACAAUUCUAACCCCAUCCUCAAAAGGGGGUCACAAACUUUCAAGCACCACUGUAACUGCUUAUCCAAACAAACGCAAGAUCACAGUAAGUUUUGAGAAACGAUGUUUUGGGGUUUUUUUCUCCAUCGUCACUCCUUAAAUACGAAACUGCAGGUGUAAAGACGUGUCGCAGAGCAAAAUACGUCACAGACUGUUUUUAGUAGGGUUGUAUACUGGGUCGGGAGUUUGCCAUGACAACCCUGACACUGUACUGUUUGGUUCGGAAGUACUGGGCUAACAGUAUUGUAUCGAUAUUACAUUAGGCUAGUAUUAAAAUGUUAACGCAUAAAUGACACGACAUAGUGUUGGUCAUUACUUUUGGUAUCAGUUUGACGGGAAAAAAAAGUCAAAUUAAAACAAGUAUGCUGUUGAAGGAUCUGGCAACCGCGGGAAUGUGGGCGUGGCUUGGUUGCUCUGAGGUUUCAUCCCACCGCGCCUGUGAUUGUGUUCCACUCAAGCGGAAUUUGCCUCAGCAGGCUGUCUGAUUAUAUCUGAUUAUUGACAUGAUUAGACAUUCCUGCUUAAUCUGAUGCACUGUUAAUUUUUUGAUAGUCGUUUGGACCUCCUUGGUCACUCCAGCCAGCUAGCAUGGACCUGGGAUCCCCGUGUUUCUUGGCCAGCAUCCUGUUACAAGCAUUUGUUCUCCCGAGCUGCCUCUGUGUUUCGGUUCGUUUCCCGAGCCAGCAGACCGUCUACGUGGUGAGUGGGCAGAAUUUGGUCCUGCAGGCUGAGAUUGAGUUAUCCCAGGGGGAUCACGUCACCAAGGUCACGUGGGAGCGUGAAGUCGAGGGAAAAAGGAAUUCUGGGAAAAGCGUGGUGGCUGAAUAUCCUGCUAAAAGCUCAGAAGGCCGGGUGAUCGUUGAGAAGGGCGGGUCUGUGAUGACGUUACGGGACUACCAGGGAACGGACAACGGCGUGUACACGGUCACGGUCCGAGACCAGAAAGGAGGUCAGAGUUCGGCACGCUGCACCGUCCACGAGUACGAGGCCGUGCACCAUGUGUCAGUGAUGGUGAACGUGUCGCACUCCAGCCUGCACUGCAUGGAAGCCUGGGGGACGGAGCCCGUCUUCCGUUGGCUCCACGAGAAAGUCGCGGUGACGGAGGCAGUGGGCCGCGUGUCAGCGGACGGCAGCUCUCUGUACCUGAACACGGCGCUGUGUGGCCACUUCACCUGCAUGGUGAGCAACAAGCUGGGCCACAGCUCGGCUACCUACACCGCAGAACCUUGUGAGAGAGAGAGCAGAGGCACUGCUGUAGCGGUUGUAUGUCUCGUGCUCUUGCUGUUCGUGGCUGGAGGUUUGACCUUCCUGCUCUGGAGGAAACGCACGAGUUACAGUAAUAGACGAGAGAGACUCCGGGAACCAGAUGAGGACAUUUAACCUCCACACUCAAGACACACACUCUGUGUGUCAGACUGAACCAUAAAUGGAAGAGACAUGAACUUAAGACUGUUGCCUCUUCUCAAGCACUUGGAUCAUUGCGAAACAUUCCAGAUAUGCUACCAGGGUUUUACUGGCUUUCAGUUACAGUCGGACAAGUCAAGGAGCGAAGAUCUCUCUUUUUUUUUUUUUAAAAGGACCUUUACGAAGAAAAGAAAGCUGACGGUUUUGCAACUGUUUAAAUCUUCAGAAUAAGGAACAGUAACAGCUUACUGUUAUUUCAUGUUUUUUUGUUUUUGUUUUGCUUGUUAUUAGUCCUGUUCGCAGUUCACGUUAAGUUCUGUACAUGUACUGCAAUAAAAAAAAAAGAAGACUUUU